UGUACCAAGUAAAAUAGCCUAUACCACGCCUCAUAAACUCAGCCAUUGUGUAGAGGCUGUGGCCAAAGAGGACAUGUUUUCUGACCGUAUAGUCAAUAACUCUCUUACAGUGGUAUGAUAUGAGAUCCAGCCAGCCACAUGCACCAGGCAUAAAUUCCACAAAGAUAUUGCAUCUCUCAGGCAUCUGGAUCGAUCUGAUUGCUAUAAUUACCUAGACUGUCAUUAGCCCCCAUGCCACAAUGGCUUUGACAGGACGAUGCCUGUCCCGCAAUUACUUCUUUACUCAGCCACCUCGAGUACUAUGUUGUAAGAAACCGCCUGACAAAGCUGUGCCACGUAUUGCCGCCGAGGUCAUUUAUGCGGCCGCGGUCUGAUAUUCGGCCACUUCCCUCAACCAGUACGAACGUCAUGCCCGAAUACUUUUCAAGCUGACUCAGGCUUUUCAAACAAAUCUCAGGUAAUAUUAAGGGACUCGUGACAAACUUCCCAUAGCUCCACAAGCCCCACAAGUCAUUGGUGACGGGCACUCCCUCUGGUUCAUCGGUCAUGGCACGGGGGCCACUACACGAAGCCUUGCGCGGCGUGUGGCGGCCAGAGCCGAUCGCUUUCUGUGCCAAAGUAGCGUGGACGUUUCCCGACGCUACCACAUGUGGGCUAGGUUGUGAGGCAGAAGAGCAUGAGGACUCAAAAGGGUGAUUCUGCCUGGGGGCAGCUCUUUCGAGGCCUGCAAAUCCACGGCGUAGAACUGCCUUCGAACAUGAAAGAGUCACUACGACACCUUUGGAUACCGACUAUAAAGCUGUGGACGGAAUGCUCCAAAUGAGGACACCGCACUCAGCUCUCAACUCAAUCAGCUUUCAUCACUUUUCAAUCGCGCAUCUUUUGAUUAUUAUUAUUAUCCAAGUCACAAUGGCUAUUCAACAACUCAACACCUGUGUAGCUCAGAUGAAUGGACAAUACGGAGGCCCGCACGGUAGCUCCCAGUGCAUCAACGAAGGGGAUGGACAAAGUCACGGCUGGGUCGCAGUGAGCGGGACAACCUGCGAGAACUGCAGAGCCCGCAACUAAUUAUUCUAUCUUAAACGUCACAUCAGAAUGGGCAGCAAGGCAUUGCUCCCAUACCAACAAGAGUCAUACUCACGCCCAUUGAUCGACUACCGGAAACACGGCAAUCUGUUUCCUGAGCUCAGAUGAUCGGCGGUCCAUUCCUUGUCUUAUUUUCCUUAUGUUCGGAUUUUAUUAGAAGUGGCUGUUUGUGUUCCACCUUUCGUGUGGAAGUUGAAUCGUUUGUUGUUCUUUAGAUGUUGAGUCUAUCUUUCGUAAUUUUCUUGUACUCUCUCACGAGGGACUAGAUAACAUUCAAAUUUCUUCCUGUUACUCAGGGCUUCAGUCAUUGAAAUACAGCCACUUUUCAUGUCACGCUAUCUCUCAUGUAAUCACUAUGUUGGGAAGAGACUCUCCUCGUGCUUUUGUGAACUUGCGGUAGUAGACGCUACUAAGCUCCUUGUUAACGGAAGACUCGCAAGAAAUUGAAGACAUCAAAAUUAUUGGAUCGUUACUGUUGAAUUCAUGGUCUCUCAGUGGAGCAGCUAACAUCCCACUAUGAGCAGGGUAUCCGCAAAUGACAACAUGUGAUUUUGAUGCACGGCAAAAAAACAAAGGUCUUCAAGAUCACACUACAAAUUUCAGGGCGCUUAAUGGGGACGUCUCGUUCGACUCAAUUUCUUGAAAAUGUCUUGCUACCUGUCGAUCGUUCGACCAGUCUGACAGGAGUGCAAUCUCGUAGAUUAAGCAUGUGCCGUAGGCGUGCUUGCUCCGCAUUGAUUCCAAAGCCGUGGCUUCCUGAACGCAACUGCUUUUUGCUGAAAUUACAUCGUCCUUGCCACAUUCUAGACCGACAAAAAGAGGGGAGACGAAGACACGAAGACCGAUGGCUGAUUCAAGCUGAGGUAAAUCCUUCCAAGUGCUAAGAAUCAUCCUUUCAUACUCUCAGAAUAUCCAGCCACAAAUAAUGAAGAUCAACCAAGCCUCCAGUGCAGUGGAGUCAUGUUCCGAAACGCAUGCAUACAUGAUUACUCGAUUCAGUAUAUACGUGCUUACUUUAUGUACACAAUCAUCCACAAUCAUUCUUGGUGAUUGGGAAGACGCAAGUGCUAGCUUGUUGUGAGAUCUUAUUACGAGGUAGGAGCUUUCUAGGUGCUGUGCCUUCCUUUCAAAGCCAAGUCGCCUGUACUUCCUUAACUCGACACGGAAGGACUGAGAAGAAGGCUGUCGUACUCUUUGCCGUCUUUCCAACACCUGACCUUCGGCAAUGUCAGUAACGAGUAACGGGGGCGGCUACUCGCGCGCAAGUGUUAGUGUUCAUGAGAAAACUCUUGACAUGCUUGGUUGUCUAAAAAGGGCAAGUACCAGUUCGGGUCGAUCUGGGUUACUUUGAGAGGAGCACUUUACCAAGGGUUCGUCUCAAAUCUACAAGUAUGCACCAAGUUCAUCCUCUUGCGAGUACAUUGCUCAUCAAAAUCAACUGCGCUGGAGCUGGGCCUACUUUAUGUCUGAUUAUUUGCGAUAUCCGAGGUCUCUUGCGAAUAUACCAAUGGCAUGCGCAGCCUCUUCAUAUC